AAUGUCAUUUGAAUUUGACCUAACACCUUGUCGGGCUGUUUCGAUUAUUUGAGAAUUGCAUUAAAUUUUAUUUGAAAUCAAUAACAAAUAACAGUGUGAACAGUGAAGACGAGUCUAUUAUUUAUAGGUUUUAAGUCACCAUGUCUGAGUAUUAUAGUCACUAUCAUCGGUGGGAAGCUUUAGCAGAAUUUAAUUUUUAUAUCGACGAAAAUGAAGAAAUGUACGACGACAACUAUAUUUAUUGUUUAUGUAGCCGUGCUUUUAUAAGGGAUGUCAAGACAUAUUUGGGAGACAAAGAAUGUGGAAGCGAGAGUGAUGCUGAAGUGAUAGAGUCCCAGGUGGACGAUCAGUCUCAUGUGCAUUUCUCUGUGGAUACAUCAUAUAAAGUGAAGUGUGAGAAAGAUGAGAGCGCCAGCUGUUAUUGUAGCGCAUCACACACAGAAAACUAUUGUUCGACCGACGAACUUGAUCCGUCACAUAUUCACAACUAUCCCUCACAUCCUCUACAACCGAGCGAUAGCGGAGCUGAUCUCACAUAUCAAGAUUGUCAUUCCGAUUACAUUACGCAUGAUAAAGUCGAGAGAAUCGAUAAAGAGUUCUCAAAUGACUCUGAUACCAAUGAAAAUUAUUUAUCACAGGAUACAUGGGAAAAAUUUUGGCAAUUUAAUGGUGAGAGGAUCAUUUGGGCCUCUUGGAUAAAGAAGUACAGUGACUACAUCAAUCCAUCAUAUCUAGAGGAAAACAAUGAUCUCAUCAUGGAUGACAAUACUGCACCGAAACAAUCUGCGGAAGCCAUUUGCAACCACGUUGAAAGUAAUGGAGUGGAAAAUGAGAGAAGGGAAAGGAAAUUUUCAUAUGACUCCAAAGUGAAUCCGUAUAAGACUAAAGAAUCCGUUGAAGACAGAAGUGAUAAAAAUAAUCAAAGCGCAAACAAAGACGACGCAUUGCGUAGACGGCGGUCGUUGUCGGAACACGAUCGUAUACUUAGUCCGUGGACGCUAACAGGAACUGACUCAAUGACUAAUGUGACAAAACUUACAUUGUCUAGUUACAAUGUUACUUCGAGUCACGUGACUUCCGAGUCCACACCUACAGGCGAAUAUAGUAUGUCCUCAUCGACAUCUUCCGAUGACCAAUUCAAUGAUCAAACCAGAAUACAAAAUAUUGAGGAAUAUAAUGAAGAAGUAUCAGAAGAGAUAGACACAGACGAUUAUUGGCAGUUCCUUUGGAAGAAACAUUUCGGGGAGCAGUAUGCAUUGCAUUACGCUAAAUAUAUAGAAUGCUACAGUGAACUCCAAGCAAUACAGAUCAAUACGAACGACAUUGAAAACAAAAUGGAAGAAACCAAAGUGAUUGAUGGCGAAUGCGAAAAUAGUGAGGGCAAUUCACUAGAAAUGCCGUCGGUGAUUGAAGUUCAGACACAAAUCAAUCAAAUCAAAUUAGAGGAAAAAGUUUCGAAACCGAAAAAGAGAGGGAAAAAAGCUAGCAAUCGCGUCAUAAGCUCGGUCGGAGUUUUGUUGCAAAAUCUUCUAAGAGAUCAGAAAGAAAAAGAGGCUAAUGAACCAAUAGAUGCGGGUGAUGAUAAAACAAAAACCGGUGAUAAUGGUGAUACUGUGGAACUAAAGGUCGAAAGCAGAACUAGUAUUAAUAAUUCUCAAACCAACGCCAGCGUUGUUCAACAUAAUGACGAGGGAGAUGGCAAUGAUCCCUAUGAAGAUAGACCAACUACUUUGAAACGAAGUCAUCAAUUAGACGAAGACGACAGCUCGGAGAAGAUAAAAUCGACAAUAGAGAUGAUGGGUUUUUCAGUAGACCCAGAGAAAAUACCGAAAGGUGAAUUGAUUUAUAGGAAUAAAUUCGGUAAACUCCGUCCGCCGCGAUACAAGAAAUUCGCUGCGGCCAAAAAAACUUACUUCGAUGACGACGGUAAUUCAUACACAUUUGACGAGAAACCGUAUCAGAGCCAAGAAUCACAGGACGAUUGUGAAAUGCAAACAGACGAAGAUGGUCCCGAAAUACAAUCGGAUGUUGAGAAAGUUAAAAACGUUGAAAAUGAGGAGAAGAGAUCUAUGAGCAAGAAAUCUAAAGAUCGUAAAACACUUCAAAAUGACCGUGAGGCGGAUGUUAGUGUAAAUUUGUCCGAAACAGUAAUAGAUGAUACGAAAAUAGAAAAUCCCGAAGGUUUAACUUUGGACCAAACAAAACGCAAACGUCGGCAAAAGAGGUAUAAAAAUGAAGAAGAAUCAUCAGACAUGCCGGAAGAAUUGAAGGGGGAACCUAAGAUGCUCAAGUAUUGGAAGAAAAGACACUCGCUAUUUCAUAGGUUUGAUGACGGCAUCCGUUUGGAUCGCGAGAGCUGGUUCAGCGUGACCCCCGAAAACGUAGCGCGACAUAUAGCCAAUAAGUGUCAAUAUGAUGUGGUCGUGGAUGCCUUCUGUGGAGCCGGAGGAAAUACCAUACAGUUUGCUAAAACCAGCAAGAAAGUCAUCGCAAUAGACAUAGAUCCAAUAAAGAUAGAAAUGGCAAAGCACAACGCGGCAGUCUACGGCGUCUCCGACAGGAUACAGUUCAUUGUUGGUGAUUUCUUCGAAUUAGCGCACACGCUGACAGCUGAUAUGGUGUUUUUGAGUCCACCCUGGGGUGGGCCUAGCUAUUCUCAGAACACAGAAUACUGUAUAGAAACAAUGCUGGAACCUAAACCGGCCUCAGAGCUGAUGAGAGUGGCGCGUCACAUUAACACUAACGUCACGUUGUAUCUGCCAAGAAAUACGAGGACGGAACAGAUAUUGUCAUUGGCACAAGAGGCGGGUGGGUCUGUGGAAAUAGAACAGAGUUUUCUUGAUAGAAGAUUUAUUGCUAUUACAGCAUACUUUUAUUGAUUGAUAUUAAUAAUAAGAAUUAUAGCUACUCCUCUAAAAAUUAAAUAAACGGAACAUACUCUUUCUGACCACUUGAUAUUAAUUUAAAAGAAAUAUCAGAGAAUUAUUUACAAAAUCUGAAACUGCCUUAUAGUACUUGUGAGUUUUAUUGUUCACAUAGAAGUUUGUCUUGUAGAAUAACAUAUUCAAAUAUUUUGUUAAUAAAUACAUAAAAAAAUAUAAAUAUAUAUGAUUGGAAAACUAGAGAGAAAAUAAUAUUGAUGUUAGUAUAAUUAAAAUUGUACAAAUAUUAUAUUUAUAUUGGGAUUUAAAGUUUGGAACGCACAUUUAUAUCAUUUAAACAAGUCAAUCUAUAUAGAAGGUUCAAUGUAAUUUUUUCUUGUCUUAAAUACUCUUUAUAGCAUAUUGAAUUUUUUUUCUCUGUGAUUAUUUUAGUCGUAAGCAAUAAUGUGGAACUAGUGUUGUGUUAUAAGGAUAUACUUGACUAAUUAUCAUGUACAUUGUAUUUGAAGAACCGAGGAAGGUUAAUACUAUAGUCUAUAGUAUAUUGUAUUUCUUUUCUCUGUGAUUAUUUUAGUUGUAAGCAAUAAUGUGGAGCGUGUGUUGUGUUAUGAGGAUAUAUUUGACUAAUUAUCAUACAUAUAAUGAUAACAGAUGUACGUUAUAUGGAAUAAAUACUGGUACACACAGAUCAUGCCUUAUAAACAUAGUUAAGAUAUAAAAAAAUUUAAAUUAUUUUUCUCUUUUGAUCUUCUUCUGUAUUUAAUUAUAUAAUAUUCAGUAAUGUAUAAACCGUUGCACAAAUCUUUUCAAAUCCAUUAUUCCUUUAAUGCAUUUCCGUGAAUAUGAAAAUAGUAGGCCUUGUAUGUGUGAUUAAUGUUGUGAUUAUGUAAAUAUAUGUUUAUAAGUAUAUAAGAA